GCCACCACCUCUCUGCUCUCACCUUGUGCGAAUGAGGCCACUUGCACUCGUCGAACCUGCGCUCAGUGUUCGUCAGGUGCUGAGAUGAAGCAGCUGUUGUUUUUCGCCCUGCUCGUGGCCUGCGCCGCCGCGGCCUCUACUUUCAAUCAGCUGUCACUGCGCAAAAAUCAGUCAAAAGCAUCUCCUCGCUGCAAAGCUCCAGCUGUUUCGCCACAGAGAGUAGAAAAAGUCAUCAACCAAUGUCAAGACGAGGUUAAAUUAGCCAUCAUCCAGGAGGCGCUGGACAGCCUGCAAAACGUGAAGGAAGAAGAGAAGCUGCAGCACGGCAUUCAGCGAUUCAAAAGGCAGACUUUCUCCGACGACGAGAAGAAGAUUGCAGGGUGCUUGCUGCAGUGCGUCUACAGGCAAGUGAAAGCGGUCGAUCAACUCGGUUUCCCUGAAGCUCAGGGGCUCAUAAAGCUGUACACCGAAGGCGGGGACGACGAGGAGUAUAGCAACGCCACUUCAAGGGCCGUGCACGCGUGUUUGGCCAUCUCUAGCAGGGUGAUCGCGGAAAAAUACCAAGAACCUGGUCUUGCCUGCAACGUUGCUUACGACGUCUUUGAAUGUGUGACCAACGAAGUUGCCAAGUACUGCGGGAAGAUUUGAGCCCCGAAAAUCACAUAUCAUCCAGCACAUUAUAGGAUUAGAGCAACAAGGAUCCUGCGAUUCAUCUCCAACUCUCACUUUAAUUUGAUCCACCUGUUAUUUUCUGUAUAGCAUCAUCUGUGUUUUAAUACUCUUGAAUAUACGUUUAUAUGUAUUUAUUAAAUUGACUCAUAUGUAAAAUAAUUUGAAGUAAAUUUUCGCUUCCAAUAGCCUCAUAUAUGUCAGAUCACUAUAAUUUGGAAGAAAGUUUCUCUCUGAUAUGUGUUAUUAUCAUUACUAAGGUAUCUCUAUUGUAUGUGUUCAUUGGAUAUUCAAUCGAUCAUAUAAAUUCGAACAGUUGUUGAUUCGUUAAUUUUUGUAUAGAAAUAAAACGAAAGAUUCAAGUGAUAUCACUGCACUGUUUUUAGCAUGAAAGUAAUUUUUACUGUGUUUUGC